CUAACAUCAUAAUAGCGUUAGACCUUGAGAAAAUCCUAACCCAGCAUGUUCGCAAACCCUAGAAGAAAGACAUAAAAUUAAGCGUAUGGGAGAGAAAUAACUGAUACUUAUAGAAGCAAAGGCGCCAGGAUAAUACAGCUUUGGAGCAAAAGACAAAGGAGAAGUAAGAAAAUGAGGUGAAGAGACCGGCUCAAAAAACGAAGACAGUUCCUAGCUAUCAGAUAACAACCGGAAAACCUUUUUAGUUUCAAGAAAAACCUUCUGUCGGGAGGAUGGCCGGCCGGCGGCGAGCUCAGGACAAGGUUGGUUCUCAUGCGAGAGGGGGGACUUUCGGCAAGGACGGCAAGCCGGCGGCGGCGAGCUCACUUGAGGUGGGUUCUCACGCCAGAGGGGACCGUCGGGAGCGUGUCUAUGGGGAAUAAAAAUGGAGUAACAAAAGUUGCAAUAUCUACGGUAGCAGAAAAUUUUAGAAGAAUUGAAAGUGCCACGUGGAUAUAUCCGUUAAGUUUGGAUAUACAUAAAUAUGUAUUAAGUUCUUUUUGCCAAAUAUAGUGUUAGGCUCUCUAUCAAUUUUCUCGAACUUUUCUCUCCGCCUCAAGCUUUGAAACAAAUAAUGUCCUAUUUUCCUUCCUAAGAUUGUCUUUCGUUCUCUCUCUCUCUCUUUUUCUUUGAUUUCGUCUCCAACUAAGUUGUUGCGCCCAAAAUCUUCUUUUUAUUUUUGCAGCAAUCAGGCGAAAUAUGUUAAACUGAGAAAAAUCUCUUCAACUUCCAAAAAGCUUCUCCAAUGUUCCGUUAGGAAGAACAAAGGAUUUGUUCACUCUCUCUCUCUCUCUCUCUCUCUCUCUCUCGGGUUUUCACAUGAUCUUCUUCUCCAUUCUCCAAAAAGUUCAUGUCUUUCGUCUCUCCUGUCUCAUUGGAGAAGUAGGUUUCUCCUCUCACAGCCAGAAACCGACCACGCUACCAUCUUUUUUAUAUUUUCCCUAACUUUUCGUGGUGGGCAAUCCUACGCAAAACCAAAUUAUUUUCAGAAAAAAAAUGGAUUCCGGUUAGAGGAGUGAGCUAGCCUCCAUCUGAAUUUACGGGCCAAAUUCAUAGCUCUUGGUUAUGUAAUGAUUCGAUUCAUGAAGAGAAAGCAUAGCUUGGAGAAACCGUCGCAAGAUAAGAGCAUGUUCGACAUGACGGGAAGGCAAGCUCCAAGCUUGACUGUUGAGCAUGGAAGAACCAAUGAGGAAGAUAAGAUGUUUAGGAGUCAGAAAGCAAUUGAAAGCCAACAGAUUCGAUCUGUUUUUGACCGAACAGAGAACAGAACGCCCAAAUUUAGGCCUGGCGAGGGUUCUUGCCCUAGCUGCGGCACAGCCCUGCGUGGGCAGUCUUCAGAUGUCGAGCAAAUGAAGGAGAGGUUCGCGAAACUGCUUCUUGGUGAAGACAUGUCAGGAGGUGGGAAAGGAGUUUCAUCAGCUCUAGCUUUGUCCAACGCCAUCACCAACCAUGCUGCUUCUGUGUUUGGUGAACAAGCACAAUUGGAACCCAUGUCUGCUGAUAGGAAAGCGAGAUGGAGGAGAGAAAUUGAUUGGCUUUUGUCUGUCACAGAUCACAUUGUAGAAUUAGUCCCUUCUCAACAAGUUGGAAAUGAUGGAACCAAAAUGGAGAUUAUGACAACACAACAACGAAGAGAUCUCUUAAUAAACAUUCCAGCAUUACGCAAACUCGAUGCAAUGCUUAUUAGCUAUCUUGAUGAUUUCAAGGAUCAGAAUGAGUUCUGGUAUGUCCAAAUAGACGAAGAAAACUCGGAAAUAGGGAACACAGACAGAAAAGAUGAUAAGUGGUGGCUCCCCACAGUAAAGGUUCCUCCAAAUGGUCUCUCUGAUAUAUCCAGAAAAUGGCUGCAAUUCCAGAAAGAAUCUGUAAACCAAGUUCUAAAGGCAGCCAUGGCCAUUAAUGCCCAAGUACUAAUGGAAAUGGAUAUCCCUGAAGCUUACAUUGAUUCGCUCCCAAAGAAUGGAAAGGCAAGCCUGGGAGAUUAUCUAUAUCGCAGCAUAACAGCUGAAUACUUUGAUCCCGAGCAAUUUCUUGCAUCAGUCGAUUUGUCGACCGAGCACAAAGUCCUCGACCUCAAGAACCGCAUCGAAGCCUCAGUUGUGAUUUGGAAGAGGAAGAUGCAUAACAAGGAUGGCAAGACUUGGAGCUCAGUUGUUAGCUUGGAGAAGAGGGAGCAAUUUGAAGAAAGAGCAGAGACCAUCCUACACCUCCUCAAGCAUCGAUUUCCAGGCACCCCUCAGUCAGCUCUAGACGCUUGCAAGAUUCAAUUCAACAAGGAUGUUGGCCAAUCUGUUCUUGAGAGCUACUCGAGAGUCCUGGAGAGCUUGGCUUAUACGGUGAUGUCGAGGAUUGAAGAUGUACUAUAUGCAGAUCAGGUUGUGCAGGAUCCAAUCAAGAAAAUAUACAGCAGGAGCUCAUCAGAGCUUAAAGAGGAGAUGGAGAACCAGGACUCUUCGGAGGGACGAGUCUCAUUGACAUUAUCAGAUUUUAUGGGUUGGCCUUUUGAACAGGAUAAGGGGAAUGAGAAGUUGCCAGGUAACUUUGAUAGUCUCUUGUGCUCUGAAGAAUCAGAGCUGAAGAAACUUCCUAGGAUUGUAACUCCAAAGAAAGUUUCUUAUAUAGAGAAGGUGGAGAACUUGGGAGGCUUGAGAAGCCCGACUUCGCGCCAUUAAUGAGAACCACAGAACUGAAAGGAGGAAGACUGGUACAAACUUGAAGCGAGUGGGAGUGAGCAAGGAAGUGUUAGUAAAAAGAAGCUUUUAUUCAAAUGUAUAUAUUUGGAAUAAAUAAGAAUUCCUCUUCUCUUUUCUUUUAUCUCUUAGGCUUCAUUUGAAA